AUGGAUAUCAUAUCCGGGAGUAGAACAAGAAAGGAAAAUGUAGCCACAGGAUUCCUUGCGAAGCAUGGUUUGACAGAUAUUCUUGGAGCUAUUGACUGCACCCAUGUCGAUAUAUUUCCCUCACUAUUCCCGACUGGGGUUCAGUACAAGAACAGAAAAAGGCGGUCCACAAUAAAUGUUCAACUGGUUGUGUAUGUUGAGUGCCGCAUCAUUAACAUCAAUGCACGAUAUCCAGGGCGGGUCCACGAUCACUUUAUAUUUAACAAUUCAAAAGUUAAAUUGGAAAUGAAACGUCUAUAUGAAAGUAAAAUUGGUCAAUACUGCCUUUUAGGGGACUCGGGCUAUGCCUUAGAGCCCUGGCUGAUGACUCCAGAUUUGGAAGUUGCACCAAAUAGUUCUGCAGAAAAAUAUAACAAAGGGCAUUGCCAAGUGAGAAUCUGUGUGGAAAGAACGAAUGGGUAUCUCAAAGGCACAUUCCGAAGCCUAGGCAUUGACAGCACGCUUCACUACAGUCCAGAGAAGGCUUCACAAUUAAUAUAA